AUGAGAAGCUUUGAUGAAGACGAUGAAGAUUCUGAUGAUUCUGAGGGCGAAUUCGCGGACGAGGGCGAUUGGUACGCGUCUCUAAUCGCCGGGGAACGAGUCGGCGAGUGGUUAGAUGUCAUCGAAGAAGAGACGAAACAACAGAGGAGUAACGACGACGAGGAAAAGGAGGAGGAAGAGGAGGGGAGAAGAAACAGAAGAAGAACGAAGAAUGAUGAUGAUAAAAGAUUUCGGAGCGCGAUCGAGCAGUUGACGAAACACGUGGAAGAGGACGAGGUGUACGGCGAGGAGGCGGAAGUGGCCGAGGCGGAGAGAAUAUUGAGCGAGGCGCUGGCGAAAGUGUCUCUGACGACGAAUAUCGACGACGACGAAGAAGAAAUAGAAAAAGAGACUUCGAACAGCAGCAGCGUGCAAAAGUUGUUGCGACAGAGCUUGGAAGCGAUAGAAACGCAUCGGAAAAGGAAGAAGAAUGUGAAGACGUACGCGAUGAAAAACGGACGAGUGGAAGUGUCGAUAUUGGAAACCAAGUUAUCGAACGGCGUCGGGGGCAAGUUGUGGAAAGCGGCGCUGUUGUUGGCGGAGCAGUUGGACGAUAAAGAGGGAGAACCAAAAGAUGACGACGACGACGACGACGGUGUUAUAAUCGACGUGAAAGAUAAGACGGUGCUGGAACUCGGCGCGGGGGUUGGAUUAGUGGGUUUCGCGGCGGCCAAGUUAGGCGCCAAGGAGAUCGUGUUGUCGGAUUUUGAAGCGCCUUUGCUGGAGGCGUUAGCAGAGUCCGUGGAGAGGAACGGGUCAGAGAAGACGACAAAAGUUCGGUGGCUCGAUUGGCGAGCCGACGGCGCAUCCAACACGGAGAAGACAGAACCGCCCGACGCCUUCCUCGCUCUCGAGAAAGAAGACACGUACGACAUCAUCCUCGGCUCCGAUUGCCUCUACGAAUCCCACCACGCUACUCUCCUCCCAAAAGUCAUAAACAAACGUCUCUCUUCAUCCCCAAACGCGCGAUGUCGCCUCCUCGGCGCCGUGCGCAACCGCGAAAUGUUGGACCAGUUGAUUGAAAACUUUCGUAAGUUCGAAAAUUUACGCGCGACGGAAACUUCAGUCGCCAAGAGCGAGCGGUUAAAUUACGACGGCGGGUACGUCCGCGUAGACAUAAAACGAAAAAGUUUCUGA